AUGGAGGAGGAGAGAGAGAAGAGGAAGCAGGGGAAAGGCGACGCCGUUUCAGGGUCGAGAAAGAAGAAGGCGAAGGAAGAAGGCAACGGAGAAAAGACGGAGGCGACGAAGGACGAGGUUGAGGAAUUCUUUGCUAUUCUCCGAAGGAUACAAGUGGCUACCAGCUAUUUCGAGAUAGGUGAUGACGGUGAUGUUAACGGUCGUGAAUUGACGGAGAAAGGGUCGAGGUUGAGGCGGAGGAUAGAGUGGGAGUGUUCCGAAGAACUUAACGACGUUAAAAGUAAGAGAAAGGAAAGUGGGGAAGAAAAUGUUGUGGGUUUGGAUUUGAAUGUGCCCCCAGACCCGGAAUAA